CCCGCACUGAGCAUGUGCGCAGCGCCCCUCCCGCCCCCCGCGGCCCCGCUCCGCGCACAGCAGCGCCGAGCCCCGCGCUGUCUCCGCGGCCGCGCUGUGAUGGUGUGAGGUGCGGAGCCCCGCGCCGGCCGGCCUGCCCAUGGAGCUGAGAAGGUCCAUCUCGGCCAGCGCGGAGGCCGAGAGACCCAUGAGGCGCUACGGGGCAGUGGAGGAGACGGAGUGGAAGGCGGAGGCCCUGGGGAGAAAUCAACUUGACAUCAUUUCAAUGGCUGAAACAACGAUGAUGCCUGAGGAAAUUGAGCUUGAGAUGGCAAAAAUCCAGAGACUUCGGGAAGUCUUAGUCAGAAGAGAAUCAGAACUCAGGUUUAUGAUGGAUGACAUCCAGCUGUGCAAAGACAUCAUGAACCUUAAGAAAGAGCUGCAGAGUUUGGUAGCAAUCCCAGAAAAAGAAAAGACAAAGAUGGAGAAACAAAGAGAGGACGAACUGAUCCAGAAGAUCCAUAGACUGGUACAAAAAAGAGAUUUUCUUGUAGAUGAUGCAGAGGUGGAGAGAUUACGCGAGAAAGAAGAAGACAAAGAGAUGGCUGAAUUCCUUCGCACCAAGUUAAAACCCUUAGACAAAGCAACACAGUCUCCUACCAGCAGCCCAGCAGAAAAGAAGGCAGAACCUCCUCCAAGCAAGCCCACCAUCGCCAAGGCGGGAUUGGCCAUUAUCAAGGAUUGUUGUGGGGCCACACAAUGCAACAUCAUGUAGCCCAGGGCUACUGCAUUUGUCUUUUCAAAUGUUUUCAUUGAAUGGAACUGGAGGGUGAGGGGAACUAACAGCGUCCUGCUGACAGAAUCCAGAGCAACUGGUACCACAGUAAUGGGUGGAAUGUACAACGGCAGGUUCUUCACUGUUGCAUGGAUCACUCAACACGCAUGCCUAAAAACAAAAGAAACCUAUAUAGUGGCUGUCCAGUGACCAGAAAAGAUCUGUAGUAGAGGCAACAAAAACACCCCAGUGAUAAACAUGAAACGAGGAUAUAUUUCAUCCAGUAAGGUGUGACAAGAGCAAUUCAAAUAGGUCACCACUUUGUAAGAAGUUUUUGUACACUUUUCCCCCUUGACAAACAGCACUCUGCAAUUGCUGGAAUGUCCCAUUUUGGCUACUUUUCAAAACGAAAGCUGCAAAUAGCAAUGCUGUAGAUAGCGCAACUGAUAGACGAAGCAACUUUAGGAUAACUGAUGUUGCAUACAAAAUACUUCCCAAACUCCUGUGAUGUUCAACUACUCUGAUGUGCAGUUUGACUCCUAAUUCUUCCUAAGAAUGAGGAUCAGUGACAAGGAUGCUGCAAGUAAAUAGAUUUUUAUAUCCCAUAUGAUUUCUGAAUUAAGUCAAACGAAUACUAUUUGCACCAGGGAAUCUCUGGUGAAGCUUCAGCAAGCACAGCUGCAGCAAUUGGCAAAUAGAUGGUGUAGCACAAAGGGGCAUCGUUUCUUUUGUAGAUCUCCACCUCACAUGGAGUCCAAGAAAUAAUCACUCAGAGUUUUGUCCGCUCUCUGAAGUUACAUGCAGUAUGAAAUUAUGUAUCGCUGGGAGGAGAGUAGAAGACAAAACUUAAUAUUUAAAGAAUGCUUCAAACAACUGUUAAAGGCAUAUUUUGUGGCCAUAAUACAAACUAGCAAGUGUAGGAAGACACCAGCCACCCAAGACAAAUUGACUACAAGAUAAAUGUAUAAUACAGAAGUAGGUAUUUGUGAUAAGAAGAUCACAUUCUACACAAAUGGGUUUAAAAUUGAGGGAAAUACAGAAAGACUUACCUGUGUUUCACCAUUAAAUGUGUUUCUGGUCUCUAUGCAGAUUAAACCUUGUGGAAUCUAAUAUCUUUAUAUUAGCUGUCAGUAGCUGGCUUGUCUGUGUGAUGGUAUUCCAUAUAAGUGUACUGUGAUAGGUGUAAAUAGUGAAAUAAACUUACAUGGAUCUAAUGUGAAAAUCUCAGGCUUAGAAGUAACAAACAGAUAGCAAAAAGUUCCUGAAAUAAAGUGUUUCAAGAGGAACUUCCAUGUUGUGAAGGCAGCUAAGUGAAGUGUGCACUUAUAUACAAAGGAACCACAGUUACAGGAAAGGAGAAAGAAAUAAACAGCAGUUAAUCAAAAAAGGAUAAACAGUAAUAUUUUUUAGAGUAAGAAAGUAUCUUAUUAAGGUUCAAGGAGAUACUAUCUAAAGUAACUCAGACUAUUCGUGUACAAAUAAAACUUAAUCCCCAACGUCAGACUGAUUCGAUGAAUUACUGCAUCUCCAGAGUAAUUUGUUUCAGAACUUGACGCUCACUUGAGACAAAGAGCCUUCAUCACUAAGUUCCUUAAUAAUCAAGGAGAGAAAACAACACAAAAUGGUUUUGGGUAAGACAUGAAGCACUUAAGUUACAUCAACCAAAGAAGGAGGAAAGAGGACAAAACAUAUGCAAAGGCUGAAUAAUUAUAUAAAAUUAUUGCAUCUGUGGUCAUACAACAUCCCAUUAAGCUCUGCAGCUGUUAAUACCUGCUGUAUCUGGUACAGGUUGGACUCCAUACGGCACCUGUGUACAUUAACUGAGGUAUGGGGAAAACUGCUUUGCAGGGAGUACACACACUGGAGGGGGAAAAACACCCACUGGCUUCUGGAAGAUUUAGCAGCCUCUUGAAUUUGCUGGUAUCUAAUUAAGACAUCAGGAAUUACCAGUAUUGUAAGACAAGAGGUAGCUGUUCAGUGCCAUUAACAAAGACAAAUGCAAGUUAAGGAAAAAACUCACUAGUGAAGCACCAAACUUAAAGCCUUUGGAGGAUCAUCUGUUAAAACUGCAUAUUGUGAACACCGAUACCAAGUCCUGAAGGACUUGGCAAACAGCUGUUGUACGGCAAGAGGUGACUUACACACAUUAACGCUUCAGCCAGGCUGUGGUGAUGGUUGGGGUGCUCCCUGCGUGCUGCACGGCAUCUACAGCCCCUUGGGAAGAAAAGGGAUAUCAGUAGAGCGUAGGUUUGUAUGAAAAAUCCAUUAACAGGAAAAGGAGCCAGACAUUUCUGGGAUCUAACACUCAUGACCAGGCCACAGAGCCCCCUCCCUUAAUUAAAAGGAACACACCUUAAGGGUGAAUAUGUAAAUUCACAUACAGCACCACUGUAGCCAGUGCCCCAAAGGGACUGGAACUACAGGUGUGUUAGUGUGAGAGAACUUCAUUUUCAGAAGUUCUGGCUUGGCUGAGCUGAAAAGUUUUUGCGUGAGUUUGUUUUGUUUCAAUUAUCAAAUGCUUCCCUUCUGUUGUUACUUGGGCGGGUUGAGGCGCUUGCCUGCAGUGCCCCAGUGGUUCCUUUGGAAGGGAGUCAGUGGUGCUGCUUAGCCAUAAAAUCCUGGAUUGUUUGGACUGUGAGGUCAGAUUCUCCCCUGUGUUCAACACUGUGUACAGUGCUGUUCAGACACAGCAGAACCCUAAUGGCUUCCUUCAAAUGUAAGGGCUGUAAUUAAACAAAUUAAGAAAGAAUUAAGUGUGUAAAAAUCUUGGGCCUUUAAAGAUCAGACUAAACCACAGAGUAUUUGCAAGGGCUUAAACUUCCGUGAUGCCAUAAACAUAACACAUUAUGUCAUCCCCAUACAUAAAAUCAGCAGAAAAUCAGACAUGCAUCCUUAGGUGACCAUGUUGAGAGCUGAUUUUUAGCUGUUACCACCUGCAAAAGAGGGACAUUGGUUGACCAAAGCACCCAAAAAUCUCUUCUGGAAAUCCUGGCUGUUUAUCACAAAGAAGGCGUCAGAAAAAGAAGAAAAAUUAAGAUGGAUUUGACAUACUGUUUCCUCAAUGAACUGCUAAACAUGGUUGUAUUCAGGAAAGGAUCUUGGUCUACUGAGCAAAAUAAAAGUGCUGAGGUGCUAUUUGUACUCAUCUCCAAUUCGACCAGCAAACGGUUCUAUUGUACCUUCCCCUAGACUUACUGAAUCUCUUCAAAGUUAAACGUAUUUCCAAAUAAAUUAAGCUGCUGUGUUCAACUAA